AUGUCGAGUUCUCUUUCCACCGCUCUUGUGCUGGUCACUAUCGCCACUUUCAUCAUCACACAAGCUGUUGCCGUACCAUUUAACGAUGAGCAGCGCUUCGAGCGGCAAGCCGAGAGAGGACUAGGAGACAAAUCGUACGCCCCCUAUGAAGUAGCGUGCCCUUCAGACGAAACUUGGGUUCGUAAUGCUACUACGGGUCUUGCUACCGCUGAGCAGGACUACAUCAAUCAGCGAAAGAGCCUCGUAGAUGCCGCGGUGGAGAAGAUGAUGGCGGCCCGAGGGUCGGAUAACCCGCCAAGGAUGCAGAACAUAGGUGUGGCUCUCUCCGGAGGGGGCUAUCGAGCAAUGCAUGUGGGUCUGGGCGGCGUGAUGGGUCCGAUGAACGAAAGUUCAGAGGCGGCGUCGAGCGGCACAGGGGGCUGGCUUGAAGCGACUAAUUAUAUGGCCGGUCUAAAUGGAGGAAGUUGGGCUGUGGGGUCGUUUGUGGCGAAUGGUGGAGCCCUCCCCAGCACACUUAUCCAAGAUCUGUACGAAAUCGACUCCAAUCUCAUAUUCCCGUCCACCGGGAAAAUCGCCUUCUACAUGGAGCUUUUCAACUGA